UAACUAAUAAGUAUACAGUGUAAAAGUAGUCCAGGUAUAUAGAGAGUUCAUCGGAUUCAAAAUGGAGUUUCUUCUUGGAGUUGAAGGGAAAGAUUUUGUGAUGGUUGCAAGCGAUUGUAAUCAAGGACGGAGCAUUGUGCGAAUGAAAGAUGGUAAACUAUAAAUCCCUGAUAUUGUUUUGUCAUAGUAUGUAUUGUUUGAACGCGUGUGGUGGUGUUUUUGCGUGAUAACUCUCGCAAAAUGCUGUGCUAUAUGUUUCUCAAUUUUUUGCCUCGUGACUCAGCUUUUCUUCAAUGCUUUAGUUGAAUGGUGUUAAAUUGUGCAUUAUAACGUUAAGGGGUCAAUUGUAGUAUAUUAGUGCCAUGUAGAAGUUAGAACUGGCUCAUUCUUUAAAAGAACCCGUUCCAUUUCAUUAAUUCAGUCUGCAAUUCAUGAAUUAAAGACGUUUUCCUGAACAAAUAAAAUGGGAUUUAUUGAAGAAAGCAGCGGUCCAGUACAGUGGUUUGACUACCUUUCAGGCGUUCGUUGCAGGAGUUGUCAAUAAAAUUGGCAUCCAUUGUUGUAAUCUCUUAGUAACACCUUAACUAAGGCUUUGUUUAGCAAGCUUGAAAAAACUUGGUGGAUAGCAUCAUCUGGCCACAGAAUAAGGCACACAGAAGGUCGACUCGAGUAACCGCUGCCACGCCAUGAUUCAUCAUCAAAAUGCUGACGAUAUGGUCCUAGCCAGUGUGCGUUUGAGAGGCCUUUGUACAACUGUUCCCUUGGGUUUAGGUGUACUGUUUUACUGUAAUUAUAUUUCUAUCAUUUUCAUUACCAAACUGUGCAAAAAGAAACUUUGUGAAAUUGUGAACCCCUAAUUUUUUGGUGCACAUAAUUGCUUUUUUCUAUGAUGAUUUGUCAUUUGUAGGCCGUUCAUUCACUUCCUGAGUCAAUUAGGCAGAAUUCACCCUUCUGGAAAAUGCGUCGUUUUGGCCAUAGAGCCUCGUUUUUGCAUGUGACAUUAGUUAAAGCAUAAUGUCUCAAUCAUGAGAAUGAGGCUCUAUAUCCAAGGCGACAUACUUUCCGUAAGGGUGUAUUCCACAUUCAUGUGCAUUGAAGAAUAUUAAAUUGACAAAUAUUUUAGAUUACGACAAAAUGUUCAAAUUAAGUGACCAACUGGUGAUGUUGGUCACAGGAGAGUCUGGUGAUACUGUCCAGUUUGCCGAGUACAUAGAGAAGAAUAUUCAGUUGUAUAAGAUGAGAAAUGGUAAGUUUAGGGAGAAAAUGACAGCCACAGGUCAGUGACAAAAAUCACCCCAAGUUAAUGUCUUCAAUAUUGUUAUUAAUCUUGCAUGAUCUGGGCCAGUGUAGGUAGUGGCAAAAAUAAGAAAGCACUUCGGAUUGAUAGUGAUACAACUACCUGAAAAUACAAGGAGAACUUCAAUGAUUCGAGCAAAGGCCCUUCAUCAAGCCUUGUUGUUAGCAUCUGAGUAUGAACAUUUAAUAAAUUUAGCAAAUUAAUAAAAACACUAUCUUUUGCUAACCUCGUCCACAGGCAUCUCUUAAACUAGCUCUAAGAAAUGCCUGCAGAGGAGCUAGCCUUUGCCAAAUGAAAUCUAAGAAAUGCCAAAACUCCGUUUUCAAAUACCAAAACUGUGUUUUCAAAUGCCAAAACUGUGUUUUCAAAUGCCAAAACUGUGUUUUCAAAUCCCAAAACUCAGUUUUCAAAUGCCAAAACUCUGUUUUCAAAUCCCAAAACUCUGUUUUUCAUGCCAGAACUCAUAAUGGGAAUUGUCCAUUGUUUGCCAAUUAAAACAUGAUAAUUGUAACAUAUAGGAUAUGAAUUAUCACCACAUGCUGCAGUGAACUUCACCAGAAAAGAACUUGCUGACUAUCUUCGUAGUCGGGUAUGUUAUCUUUCAUAAAUGUUUUUAAAUUUGCUUCUUUAGUUGUACAGUAUAACCUUGUUAGAACUGGUUAUAAAUGUCUCAACAGUAGUGUCCUCUCUUCCCACUAGACUCCAUAUCAAGUGAACUUAUUACUGGCUGGUUAUGACAAGCAUUCAGGACCAGAAUUAUAUUACAUGGAUUAUUUAGCAUCACAGCAGAAGGUAACACAACACUGUAUUAUCAACUACUAUUGGUGCUAAAGCAACCUAAUUUCUACCCUUCUUGUUAACAUUGACUACUAUCCGGCGGAGGUAAUUUGCAGAACGCAAAACGCAACUUUUGUACUUUUGCUCAGCUUUUACGGGGUUGGGACUCUAACCCUAACACUUUCGGACAGUUUUUACAUAUCACCACUGAGCAAAAGUACAGAAGUCGCAUUCUGGAAAUUCCCGCCCUCUACUAUCCAGUGAUUCUACUCAAAUGUUUUCUCCAAAAGGUACCAUAUGCUGCUCAUGGUUAUGGAGCUUUUUUUACCAUGGGAAUUUUGGACAGAUAUUAUCAAGCAGGUACAUAAAUGUAGUCAAUCUGGUUGAUGUUGCAUUUCCUAAAGCAUUAGGAAUUAUUCAUAGAAAUCCUCCACAAAUUUACACUAAAAUGAUCUUUUUAUUGUGUUUUUUCAAGAUAUGUCUUUAGAAGAAGCUCGAAAAGUGAUAAAGCAAUGCAUUUCUGAAGUAUGGUUUGAGAAUAGGCAUUGUUUGUUUGUUUGUUUGUUUGUUUGUUUGUUUAUUUGUUGGUUUGUUUGUUGGUUUGUUUGUUUGUUUGUUUGUUUGUUUGUUUGUUUGUUUGUUUGUUUGUUUGUUUGUUUGUUUGUUUGUUUGUUUGUUUGUUUGUUUGUUUGUUUGUUUGUUUGUUUGUUUGUUUGUUUGUUUGUUUGUUUGUUUGUUUGGUUGUUUGUUUGUUUGUUUGUUUGUUUGUUUGUUUGUUUGUUUGUUUGUUUGUUUGUUUGUUUGUUUGUUUGUUUGUUUGUUUGUUUGUUUGUUUGUUUGUUUGUUUGUUUGUUUGUUUGUUUGUUUGUUUGUUUGUUUGCUUGCUUGUUUGUUUGUUUGUUUGUUUGUUUGUUUGUUUGUUUGUUUGUUUGUUUGUUUGUUUGUUUGUUUGUUUGUUUGUUUGUUUGUUUGUUUGUUUGUUUGUUUGUUUGUUUGUUUGUUUGUUUGUUUGUUUGUUUGAUGAAGAGUUUUUAAAUUUAACUUGCUGUGUCCAAAUAUUAAAUAUCUAUAGCUGAACACAGGAUGUCACCCCUAAGAUAUCAUCCCCACAACAACAAAAAGUGUCAAAAAUGUAUUUCAUCUACUAAACUGUUCAUUUUCUUCCACUAUGUAGCUCCAGAAACGAUUCUUAAUAAGCAUGCCAAAUUUUAUAAUUCGUUACAUCGACAAAGACGGCAUCCAUGAUCUUGAAAAACCAGACACUGUUGUUCCAUUGUAAAAUGCCACCAUAUGUCCUUCACAGCGUUGGUAUGAAAAGGUAAACAAUACCUUAGCGAGACUGUCCUGGUUUUGUUCAAUUCAUACAUUUUCCUAAGCAAUACAUUGUUUAGAAAUCAAUUAUUGCUGUACAUGUGUGUCCAUUUAGUACAUAUUAAAUGUUACUAUAGAUAGUUCUUAUUAAAUGUUACCAUACAUGUUUCUGGGUUCCUUGUUGUUUUGCUUGGGUGUGAAAUGAACUAUCAUUUACUUAUUCAUUUUCCCAACGUUGAUUGGCUAAUUUUUCUACAAAAAACUGCUGAGAAUAGUCAGCUGCAAAUAACUGGUGCAAAUAAUGUCUGAGCAUGCGCUCUU